AUGGACUGUGCAAAUCGUUCGAACCUAUCGCAACCAUCGCAGGAAGAUGGAAGGAGAAGGCGCCAGCCUGGAGACGAGACAGAAAGUCCUCUAAGUUACCGAGAGAGGGAAGCUGCUAGAAAGAGGGCUAGGAGAGAAAAUGAGAGUGCUGAAGAGCGACAAAGAAGGCUUCAGCGGGAAGCUGAGCAGAAGACGGAGAAGACGCGCACAAGAGACGCAAGAACAGAGAAAUGCUCGACAUUCAGAGGGACGCGGAAAAGAGCUAGAAUUCGCAGGCAACAAGAAUGCGAAAUUCAGAGGAGUGCUCGCCUGACAGGGCUCGCUGAACGAGCUCGCAUCCGUAGAACGCUGGAGGACGACAAUCAUAGGGAAAUGCGUCUUGCAAGACUUUCUCAGAGCGCUCGAACUCGACGGGAGCUCGGAGGAUGA